AUGAGGGGGAAAAGCCAUCUGUAUUCCUUGCUCAGAAAGAGAUGCAUAAGGACCAUUGGAAUAGAAAGGAAAGUAGCGGAAGAUAUGUGGAUGCCAGUCAUACCUUCAUAUAAGGCGGACUCCAGGAAUGAGCUUAAACAAUCCACCAGUAGAAUCAGAAAAAAAAGUGGCGGGGUGGAUGGCGCAAUAAACAAAAAAACACCUGGUUACAACAGUGCUUCAUCUCCUGGAUCCAAUGCAUCCCUAAGAUCAUAUGCUGGCUUUCCAAUGGACGUAUUUCUUGUGUCCAUCUUCGGCCAAGAAAGAGGAAUAAGAUUCAACUUCGGCCUUAUCAACUCUGUAAUACUCCGAUUUCUGGACCAUAGAAACGUGGGAUCUAUCCUGUUAAUAGAAUCAAUAUUCAAGGUUGCUCAAGAACUGCCUUUGGUUUUAAUUUCGGGAUAUAUUUAUCUCGAGAAGUAUGUCAAAAAGAUUGGGAUUGCAUUUAGUAAUUGUAAAAGGCUAAUUAAGUUUUUUUUUGUUUGCUGCUUCAUGGGAUUGAAAUUUAUUUUUGAUGGUCCAAGUCCUAGUAUCCGAUUCCUCCAGGAGAUGAAUCCUAGAGAAAUCUUUCAAAUAGAGAAGUUGGUUUUGUCGGCUAUAGAUUAUGACCUUGAGAUUUCCAAUGGCGAUAUUAGAAGGGUUUUUCUUCAAAAUAAGACCUUAUUGAGUGACAAAGAGCGUCUUGAUGAGCAAUUUGACAAGGUCACUAGAAACCAUUAA